AUGGCUAGGUUAUCAGGCCUCCAGCGAGAGGUUUUGUCUCUCUACCGGAAGUGCCUAAGAGAGACUCGGAAGAAACCCCUCGAGACGAGAAAUAAUUUCAUAGCAUAUACCAGGGCGGAAUUCCGAAAGUAUGCUACCGUCAGCAAGAAGGACUUCAACGCGAUAGAAUAUCUCCUGCGAAAAGGGCAGAGGCAGUUCGAGAUCUAUUCCUCCCCGGGUAUUCGCAAUAUCCGAUGA